GCUACUAUGGAGCCACGUAUACUUCGCAGGUUAUGAACCCACGUAUACUUCGCAGUGGUGACAUUUUCCAUUUUCGGACACACAUGCUGGAAUAUGAGUUUUCGAUGUGACCCCUCUAAAUUAUGAUCCCUGUAGUACGGUAGCAAAAGAAAAAAUGGUAUCACGAAACAGGAACAUCAGAAAAACGAAAAACAUCCGUUAGUUUUUGGUUUCCUCGGAAAAGAUACCGGUACCGAAAGGAAAUGGAGAGUCGUACCGUACCGUACCGUAACUAAUCGUAGGCAGUACUAAUACACAUCAUCACGACGACUACGAACUAACCCAACGUGCCGGUAGACGUCGAUCUUGAGAUGAGAAAGUAAGCUGAUAAACAUAACGCUAGAACGAUGUCGAGUGACAAGAACUUUGUGCAGGAAUACUAUUAUCAUCUUUCACUAUCCUCUACUUGGACUGGAAUAUUUGGCGCCACCUUCACUGUGCUAAUAACAACCUUAGAUGAUUCGAUAUGGCUCAUGCCUUUUGUUGCCACUGGAGGAUGCGAAAAGCGAUCUCGCUUUGUUCAUGCCGGUGUAUUCUUAGGGACUUUGAUGACUCUCUCAUUUUUUUGCUGUGCCAUAGCCUUGGGCUUUGUGAGUUUCUGGGGGCAGAAUACUGACAACGAUACCCAAUCAUCGAUCAGACGAGUUGAAAUCCAGUUAGAAUGCAUCUCGGUUAUACUAUGCUGGGCCAUUGCCUCUGGCUUUUUUAUAAAGAAACAGCUGAAACAUCGUAGACGGCUGCGCGAAGAUCAUGAAGGACGCGAUCGUCGACAACAUGGGACAAGGGAUGAAUCGAAUGCAGUUCUUCGAACAGAAAAAAAGAAAGAUGAUGUCAAAGGUGGUGCAGAAACAAGUCAUGCUGAUGAUGAUUCGGAGAAAUUUCGUCGGGCGUUAUAUGGAUCAAUAUCGGGACCCCCAGUAAGAAAAUACUCCCAUGACAAUGAUUUGUGCAUGCCUACCUCUAACGAGAAAGAACCAGAUUCUACCGAUACUGAUGGCUUSGCUCCUAUGACGGUAGCGAGCUUGACAGCUUUGGGAUUCCUUGAUGAGAUUUCAUAUUUUCCAACCCUGAUCGUUGGAAAUGUUUUUUCGGUAUCAGAGUUGAUACUGGGUACAUUGUUCGCCGGACUCACCGUGCUGGCAAUUCAAGUUUUUCUAUUUGGCCGGUGCAAACCUUUCAUUGACUUUCUAGAUGAACGAGUUCCUCUAUAUGCGAUCAUUGCCUGUUUCGCCGCUAUCAUGACCUGUCGUUUGGUCUGGGAUAUAUACGUCUAGAACUCAGUGGCCUGCAUCUAGUACCAUAUCCUCGCAUCGGUUUUGUAGGCUAGUGUACGGUGCGGUUUGUGAGCAAAAUAUUUCGCAGUGUUCGAUGCAAUUAGCAGAAAGAAAUUUGAUUAUUUCAAAACAUGUCUGCUAUUAUUACAUCAUCAAUAGGAUGCUUCUAGAUGAGCCAAUUUUUUGUAAGUUACAGUAGGUAACAGUUAGCGAGCACCAUCACUACCGUACAAACAAUAUAAGCGUUCUACGCAU